AUGGGAUACAUACCACCCUUGGCCUCCGAGCUGUUAUCCAUUCUCUAUCUGCUUAAGCGCAACCACUCAUCCAAAAAUCCUUUGGAAAAGCGGAAAACCGCCGCAAAUCGCACACUUGCUCUUGACCAUUUCUCUCCAAAAAUACGGUUUCCUACCCUGCCGGCCUUCAUAGACUCGCUCGCCGGGGUCCUCUUGGACCCCCCAAUGGGUUAUUUACACUCCGGCUUCGCCACGUUCAUGAGCCGUUAUCUGGCUGAGCUGUUAUAUUGCCCUUUUCAAGGCAACGAUCCGCUGAAGCCCAAUGGAGAGCUGUGUAAAAGCUAUGCAUCAGUAGCCGAACUCUUGCGAGAAGAAAAUAGACCCUACUUCAAGAGUUAUCUGAAACGUCAUGGGCAAGUUGUUUGGGACCAGGAGGUUGAAAUUCGACGGGCUAUCUUGGAGAAAAUAGGCGCUACGUCCUUUUCCAGCUAG